UUCUACUGCAACAAGAUGGGGUUCGAGGAGCUGGCAUACCGAGGACUGGAGACCGGCAGCAGGGAGGUGGUCUCACAUGUCAUCAAGCAGGACAAGAUUGUGUUUGUUCUUUCAUCUGCUCUCAACCCAGGAAAUGAGGAGAUGGGGGAACACCUGGUGAAGCACGGUGAUGGGGUGAAGGAUGUUGCCUUUGAAGUGGAGGACUGUGACUUCAUUGUGCAGAAAGCCAAAGAGCGCGGAGCUGUGGUGGUGAAGGAGCCCUGGGUGGAGGAGGACAAAUUUGGGAAGGUGAAGUUUGCGGUGAUCCAAACGUAUGGUGACACCACUCACACUUUGAUAGAAAAGCUCAACUACAAGGGCCUUUUCCUGCCCGGGUACCACCCACCCCUCUUCAAGGACCCCCUGUUGCCAAAGCUACCAAGUGCCAAGCUCAGCUUUAUUGACCAUGUUGUGGGAAACCAGCCUGAUCUCCAGAUGGAACCAGUGGCAGACUGGUACCAGAAGAACCUGCUCUUCCACCGCUUCUGGUCAGUGGAUGACAAGCAGCUGCACACUGAGUUCAGUGCCCUGCGCUCCAUUGUGGUCACCAACUAUGAAGAGACCAUUAAGAUGCCCAUUAACGAGCCAGCAUCUGGCAAGAAGAAAUCCCAGAUUCAGGAGUAUGUCGAUUACUACGGCGGGGCCGGAGUCCAGCACAUCGCGCUGAACACCCCUGACAUCAUCGCAGCAAUCACCAACCUGAAGCAGCGGGGCAUGCAGUUCAUGGAUGUGCCAUCCAGCUACUACCAGAUGCUGCGAGAGAGGCUGAAAACUGCCAAAAUCAAAGUGAAGGAAAACAUUGACAAGCUGGCGGAACUGAAAAUCCUGGUGGAUUUUGAUGAGAAAGGCUACUUGCUCCAGAUCUUCACCAAGCCAGUCCAAGACAGACCCACAGUCUUUCUGGAGGUGAUCCAGCGACAUAAUCACCAGGGCUUCGGUGCUGGCAACUUCAAGUCUCUGUUUGAAGCGAUAGAAAUGGAUCAAGAUGCAAGAGGAAACCUCACCAUCCUGGAGCCCAACGGGGAGACCAGGCGCAUGUAGAGGACAGCAGA